AUGCCUUCGGAUCUCAGGCCAAGGCAGGGAAGGAAUAGGUCUAAGAGCCGAGCUUAUCGUGGCCCACGUUCAAAAAUAACUGCUGCUGAUACCGGGCACCGAGGCGAGACUAUUGUCCUCAAGGUGUAUCAGGGGCCUUCGAGUUCUGUCCAUGGGAACAACAUGGCGGGCGCCCCUCAGUCUGGCUUCUGGAGUUCAGUAAGCCAGUGUCUGAAAAAUUUGUGGGCCCGGAGGCACUUGGGUCUGCUUCUACUUUUACUCUGGACUCUUGUGAUUCUGUGCUAUCUUGUGAAUACUGCAAAAUUGCCCUGGCUUGGUGAAAGUGCAGAACUUGGACCCAAGUGGAAAAAUAUGUUAGACUUUUUCUUUCCAACAACGUGCAUUAUAAGGGACAAUCAGGAGGCAGUGGCAUGUAACAACCAGCCAUAUUACAGCAAGAGUGAAUGUUUAAGAUCCAAGUGCUGUUUUUUAACAUCUGGGACCAAAAUGAAAUGCUAUACCCCACUAAGGGACAAGCCAACACAGAUGCUCCGUGUGUUUGGACUUGCUGUGAUCAGCAUGGUAAUCCUGGGACUUUUGCCUGUGUAUUGUUGUUCUCUUUGCCGGAAGAGGAAGAGGACAAACAGGAUGCUGAAGGCUUUGAAGAAACAGAAAACUAAAAUGAAGAAGGAGCCUAAAGGGAGGAAGGCACCUGAAGAGAGAGCUUUACUUUCCAGUUGA